CCCGCAGGAGGCGAGAUGAAUCACCCCGGUUUUUUUUUGUGAGGACGAAAUAAAUAUGAAGGCAAUCACGGGCUCCCUAUAAGAAGUCAUCCACCACCACAAGUCACAACGAGGAGCCCUGCACUCAUACGAACAUCGAUCCACUCGAUAUGAACAUCAAGGUGGUUUAUGGCAUCAUGGUCGUCUCCAUGCUGGUGUCUCGCAGUCCGUCGUACGCGUGGUACAAACAGGUGUCCGGUCCGAGCUACUACUCGGUGGGCCGGGCGUCGGGCUUGCUGUCCGGAAUCCUGAGGUCCCCUUACAUAAGGAGAGCCGAGCCUGAACUGUCCGACAGCGCAGAGACGACGGAAAACGCGGUACUCUCUGAAUCCAGUCGUCAGAACUUUAUCCUCAAGUCCAUGCCUGUCUGCAUCAAAGAGGUCACGCCAAACCUGAAAAACUGCGAACUCUACGAGAAGGUCAAGGGGAUUUUCAAGUGCAAGGCGGAGGUGUACCUUUCUCUGGAUUCCUUGGAUUGUAUGGAGGACUAGUGGUUUCGUCCGGAAAACAUCCAUGGUGGCCUGUGGGUGCAUGGUGCCUCACAAUCUUUAACUCAUCACCUCCACGCUGUACAAGUUAGGCCUACCUACUGUAUGGCUCAACAUUUCACAAUAACCAUUUGGCUUAAUUUUUGUAUGAAAUGUAUACCAUUGUAAAUAUGUUAUCCAAGUUUACCAAAUAAAUCAUAUUGCA